AUGACUAUCCAUGUCAUUCUCGGGGCCCAAUGGGGCGACGAAGGCGUGAGUCCCCGAUCCGAACCCAAUACGGCCCGACAUCCGGACAUUAACGAUACUUUCAACGAAGGCACCAAUUCCGCCAACGGCUUCCACGAUACCUUCGCAAUCGACUAUCUCUCGGUGGACUCCCUGCUAAUUACCCUCAAGGGUGGAUCUAAUGCAGGUCACUUGAUCAAGGUGGAUGGAGUCUCCUACAGCUUUCACCUCUUGCCCUCCGGCCUCAUGAAUCCGCGGUGCAUGAACUUCAUCGGCUCCGGUGUGGUCUUUCACAUGUGCGUCAUCACAAAAUCCUCCGACUAUGACCCGAUCGAUCGCCAGACAGGCAUCUUAUUGAUCCCAACCUUCUUCAGCGAGCUCAAGGAGCUUGAAGAGAAGGGCCUGACCGCGGUACACGACCGAAUCCUUGUUUCUGACAGGGUCAAUGUCCUCUUGGACAUGCACAUGGCAGUGGACGGUCUCGAGGAGAAGGAGCUUGGAGCAAUGGGUUCUAACCGAACUGGCAUCAAAUUAACUGACAUCUUCUAUCCUGAACUUCUCGAGGAGAAGGUGAAGCGCUUAGCUGAUGGUUAUCAAAAGCGCUUUGGAGAACUGUUCAAGUACGACAUCAAAGCCGAGCUUGCUCGUUUUGAGGAGUAUAGGGAGAUGAUGAGAAAAUACGUCGUGGACGGCGUGUCCUUCAUGACAUCCGCACAGCAGAGCGACACGAAGAUUGUGGUCGAAGGCGCAAACGCACUGAUGCUAGAUGUUGAUUAUGGCUCGUACCCAUUCGUUACUUCGUCAAGUACCACGCUUGCUGGCAUCAUUGGUGGACUCACCCUGAACCCGAAGAACAUUGCAGAGACGGUUGGAGUGGUUAAGGCUUAUACCACCCGUGUCGGUUGGGGUGCCUUCAAGACCGAAGAUACGGAAGAGAUUGGCACCAAACUUCAGGAGAUUGGACGCGAAUGGCUGCUGAUCAACCUACUAACUGCUCUCAGGCUCGACCUUGUUGUUGUCAAGUACAGCAACUCAAUCAACUACUACACCAGCCUUAAUCUGACAAAGCUCGACGUUUUGGACACUUUCGAAACGAUCAAGAUCGCGAUCGCUUAUAAGGUCGACGGACAGGAAUUGGACUCUUACCCUGCGGAUCUUAAGAUCUUGGAACGAGCUGAGGUGGUGUACCAUGAGAUGCCAGGGUGGCAAACGCCGACUACCAACGCGAAGACCUACUACGAUCUGCCCAAGAAGGCUCGCGAUUACGUGGAGUACAUUGAGAAGUUUGUGGGAGUCAAGAUCAAGUACAUUGGCACCGGUCCCGACCGUGAGGCCAUGAUCCAGCGCGCCUGA